GGAACACUGAUGCACUGUAUGCUGAUUCCAGAACUUUGAAUGCUUCCUGCAGGGCACGACGUUGCCUCUCCAGGUGCUUCCUCAUGGCACUGACAACUGACAGCUGCCUUCCAGUGUCCACAUGAAUGCCAAAGCAUCCGAUGAUAACGGGGCAUCUGAGCAAGCCGCUGCUCUCCCUCAUGCGCGGCGACAUGAGCGCGGCGGAACUCCGGGCCGACGACAAAGUGGCCAGCCCAGACGGCGAGCUCAACGACGAGCCUCUGCUGCUCCCGCCCGAGGGCCCCGACAGAGAGGGCACCCCCAGCAAGCUUUACGGAGCCCGUGACAGCUCAGUCCAGUCCGACAUCAGCAGCAGUCCGUCCGAGCAAAGUCACCUGGGACAGUCUCACCCAGGAUAUCCCACCAUGGGUCCACAGUCCCUUCUGGUGGCUCAGCAGCUGGCCAACGCCGUGGGCGGCGUGAUGUCCGGGGCGUCGGCGGGCAUGAACCAGCCCAUCCUUAUCCCUUUCAAUGCGGGCGGACACUUGGGCGGGCAGCAGGGUUUGGUCCUCUCUCUGCCCGCCACCAACCUCCAGAGCCUGGUGGCUGCUGCUGCUGCAGGGGGCAUCAUGACGCUGCCCCUUCAGAACCUGCAAGCUACCUCAACCCUCAACUCCCAGCUCCAACACCUGCAGCAGCUCCAGCAGAUGCACCACCAUCACCAGCAGCAGCAGCAGCAACAUCAACAUCAACAACAUCAACAACACCCACAUCAGCACCACCAUCACCAACACUCCCAGAACCAAGUGUCAUCCCAACAUCACAUGACCCCACCCAGCCAGCAGCAGUGCUCCGUCCCGUCUCCAGGCUCCGCAUGCUCCUCGGCCUCCGGGCAGCCACAGCAGUCGCCGCCGCACCGGCCGAACCACUCGCCUGCCCGAAGCCUUCCCUCGCCAGUCACCCCGCCCAUGCCUUUGCCGUUGAACCCUCUGGCCAGCCAGGCGGCAGUCGCUGCAGCCGCCGCCAUGGGGUCCAUCGCCGGCUCUCAGGUGUUUGGCAACGCCCUGUCAAACCUACAAGGCACCUCCGGACAGCUGGUGACCAACGCACAAGGACAGAUAAUUGGAACAAUCCCACUGAUGCCAAACUCGGCGGGGCCCUCCAGCCAAUCAGGGGGCGGCAACCCGGCGCUGCAGGUGCCGCCGAUUACCCCGCAGCUGCUGACCAACGCUCAAGGCCAGAUCAUCGCCACGGUGAUCGGCAAUCAGAUCCUGCCUGUCAUCAACACCCAGGGAAUCACGCUGUCGCCAAUCAAGCCCGGACAGCAGCUGCCUCAGGGCCAGCAGGGUGCAGGCGGUGGUCCCAGCCCCUCCCAGCCCGGCCUGCUCCACAUGCCCCCCAGACACAGCCCCCUCCAGCAGCCCUCCUCUUCCUCAUCAUCCAGCUCUUCCUCUUCCUCCGCGCUCAGCGUGGGGCAGCUGGUCAGCAACCCACAGACCGCCCCCAGCGAGGUGGACGGGGUCAACCUGGAGGAGAUCCGCGAGUUCGCCAAAGCUUUCAAGAUCCGCCGCCUGUCGCUGGGCCUGACGCAGACCCAGGUGGGUCAGGCCCUCAGCGCCGCCGAGGGGCCCGCUUACAGCCAGUCUGCCAUCUGCAGACACACCAUCCUGAGAAGCCACUUUUUCCUACCACAGGAAGCCCAAGAGAGCACGAUAGCUAGCAGUGUGACAGGCAAACUGAACCCUGGCCUUUUAUAUCCUGCCAGGUUUGAGAAGUUGGACAUCACCCCUAAAAGCGCCCAGAAGAUUAAGCCCGUUCUGGAGCGCUGGAUGGCCGAGGCUGAGGCCCGCCACCGGUCCGGCAUGCAGAACCUGACCGACUUUAUCGGCAGCGAGCCCUCCAAAAAGCGCAAGCGCCGGACCUCGUUCACCCCGCAGGCGCUGGAGAUCCUCAACGCCCACUUUGAGAAGAACACGCACCCGUCGGGACAGGAAAUGACGGAGAUAGCCGAGAAGCUCAACUACGACCGGGAGGUGGUGCGCGUGUGGUUCUGCAACAAGAGGCAGGCCCUCAAGAACACCAUCAAGCGCUUGAAACAGCCCGACAUGGGCCUGGCGGGGGCGUCGCCCGUGGACCCGCUGGGGGACGCCCUGGACGACCUUCCCAAAUAAACGAGGACGACAAGAUGGCGGACGGACCCACGGAAGCUUUGUGUUGUCUUUGUGAUUCCCACACUUGUCGUGUACAUGAAGCCCCGACCAGAGCGGACUCCAGACUACAAUGUGAUGUAAAAACUGUUGUCCUUUAUUUAGCAAACACGCCGCUUCUUCGUUACCAAAGCCUUCUUUGACACUCCAUCUUCUGCCUUUCAACGUUGGCAACGGAUUUUUAUUUUUAUUUUUUUUUUUUUACUGCAAAUGAUGCUAACAAUUUCCAUCCAUCCAUCCAUUUUCUACCGCUUAUUUCCUUUGGGGACCCGGGGGGCGCUGGUGCCUAUCUCAGCUACAAUCGGGCA